GGGGGGCCAGAAGUUGGGGGAGCCAGCGUCUGAGGAUGUGGGAGCUGCUCAGAGGGUGCCUGAGGUCCUGGCGUGGGGGACCCUAGGGAGAUACGGCCCCAGGGUCCAGGAUUCCAGAAUAGUGUGGGUGCUAAUGAGGAGGGGGCACAUUGCACGGAGCGAUCGAAGUCGAUGGAGAGAGAAUCGGGAAACUGACCCGGUACCCACGCUGGCUUCUAGGAGCGGGGUGCGGAUCAGCGAGGGCAGUCACUUGGGAGCAGGAUCUUAGACUCCAGGCUGCUCAUUCUCUUCUUCCGUGUCAACUAAGAGCUGUAAAGAGAGGCCUAGCCAUUGGGAGAGGUUGGCAUCUGCCUUCAGAAGGCAUUUAAGGUUCCUUUCCCAGAAGCUUCGGGGAUAAAAAUGCUGCUCUGCCACUGGGAGAAAGGAGGAGGUCAUGCUUCUCUUUCUUCCGGAAAUCUGUGGUGGGAAUCUACGGAGUCUGAAGGAGCUAGCCUAGAGGGGUCACUGUCUGGCUAACAAGGGCCUUUUUUGUUUGUUUGCUUAGUAGACUAUGCAGACUGGGGAAGACAAAUAUCUUGGGAGAAUUGAGGCUCCCGGGGGCAGGGAGGGAUUGAGAGGAAAUAUGUCUGGAAACCUAAGAGAAAAAGAGAGGAAGAAGUGUGGAAUGAAGAUUUUUAGAGGGAAAUGAGAGGUGGCAUAAGUUCUCCUCUCGCUUUCCAGGAAGUCUUUCAGUAAAAUUCCCAUUUUCCUGGAAUGCGUUGAGGUAGAGCCGCUUGGGUUUGUGUCUGAGUACUAAGCCCUGCCCCAGGGCGGACUCAGUGGAGAGCAAAGGCUUUUAAAGGAGCCUAGCCACCAUAGGUACAAACACGUCCUGCCACCCCAUUUGUCUGUCCCUGAGUUUCUAACUUGGUUCUUCUUUUCUUUGAGGGCUCCUAAGACCAAUUCCCUGGCUCUGCCAAACCUAGGCAAUGGGAGUCCCAGUAUGGAGCCCAAGUCCUCACCUUGAAGCCAGCCUCCUGAGCUCGGUACAGGGGUAGCUGCUUAGUGAGGUUCUCUGGUCAUUCCUUCUCUCCUGUUUGCCCUUGGUGCCUGUUCUGUUUUGUUUGCACUUUCCGCCUUUCUUCUCGUUUCACCUCUACCUCCUGCCUCCUCUUACUUUCCCUGGUAUCUUUCUCAGAUACACAAAUCAGGAAGUUAGCUACCACCUGGACUUCUAGGAAGUUAUUACCUACUUUUUCAGGAGGCAUUUUGGUCUGUAGCCUUUGCUGAAUCAACACUGCUCACAGAGAAAGUGAUGCCUUUUCUCCAUUUGCACAACAUGAGUGUGACGUGGUUAGCCAGACCAGGAGCUCAGCCUCAUGUAGAGUCCAGACCACUGCUCUGAUGCCGAAGGGGAGGCAGAAAGUGCCACACUUGGAUGCCCCCCUGGGCCUGCCCACCUGCCUCUGGCUGGAAUUAGCCGGGCUCUUGUUACUGGUUCCCUGGGUCAUGGGCCUGGCAGGGACAGGUGGGCCUGAUGGCCAUGGUCCAGGGGGGCCAAGCUGGGCUGUGCACCUGGAAAGCCUGGAAGGUGAGGGGGAGGAAGAGACUCUGGAGCAGCAGGCGGAUACCUUGGCCCGGGCAGCAGGGCUGGUGAAUGCUGGACGCAUCGGAGAGCUUCAGGGGCACUACCUCUUUGUCCAGCCUGCUGGGCACAGGCCGGCCCUCGAGAUGGAGGCCAUCCGGCAGCAGGUGGAGGCUGUGUUGGCUGGGCAUGAAGCUGUGCGCUGGCACUCAGAGCAAAGGCUGCUAAGGCGGGCCAAGCGCAGCGUCCACUUCAAUGACCCCAAGUACCCGCAGCAGUGGCACCUGAAUAACCGACGGAUCCCAGGCAGGGACAUCAAUGUGACGGGUGUGUGGGAGCGCAAUGUGACUGGGCGAGGGGUGACGGUGGUGGUAGUGGAUGACGGAGUGGAACACACCAUCCAGGACAUUGCACCCAACUAUAGCCCUGAGGGUAGCUAUGACCUCAACUCUAAUGACCCUGACCCCAUGCCUCACCCGGAUGUGGAGAAUGGCAACCACCAUGGCACGCGAUGCGCAGGAGAGAUUGCGGCUGUGCCCAACAACAGCUUCUGUGCCGUGGGUGUGGCCUACGGGAGCCGCAUCGCAGGUAUCCGGGUACUGGAUGGACCUCUCACAGACAGCAUGGAGGCAGUGGCAUUCAACAAGCACUAUCAGAUCAAUGACAUCUACAGCUGCAGGUAUUUAUUUCUCAACAGCUGGGGACCAGAUGAUGAUGGGAAGACAGUGGAUGGCCCCCAUCAGCUUGGAAAGGCUGCCUUGCAACAUGGGGUGAUUGCUGGUCGCCAGGGCUUUGGGAGUAUCUUUGUGGUAGCCAGUGGCAAUGGGGGCCAACACAACGACAACUGCAACUACGAUGGCUACGCCAACUCUAUCUACACAGUCACCAUAGGAGCUGUGGAUGAGGAGGGACACAUGCCUUUCUAUGCAGAAGAAUGUGCCUCCAUGCUGGCAGUCACCUUCAGUGGUGGGGACAAGAUGCUUCGGAGCAUUGUGACAACUGACUGGGACCUUCAGAAGGGCACUGGCUGCACUGAGGGCCACACAGGGACCUCAGCUGCAGCGCCUCUGGCGGCUGGCAUGAUAGCCUUAAUGCUGCAGGUGCGGCCCUGCCUCACGUGGCGUGAUGUCCAGCACAUCAUUGUCUUCACAGCCACCCAGUACAAGGAUCACCGUGCAGAGUGGGUCACCAACGAGGCAGGCUUCAGCCAUAGCCACCAGCACGGUUUUGGACUGCUCAACGCUUGGAGGCUUGUGAAUGCAGCCAAGAUCUGGACAUCUGUCCCUUACUUAGCAUCCUACAUCAGUCCUGUGUUAAAAGAGAACAAGGCAAUUCCGCAGUCCCCCCGUUCCCUGGAGGUCCUGUGGAAUGUCAGCAGGACGGACCUGGAGAUGUCGGGACUGAAGACCCUGGAGCAUGUGGCAGUGACAGUCUCCAUCACUCACCCACGGCGAGGCAGCUUGGAACUGAAGCUGUUCUGCCCCAGCGGCAUGAUGUCCCUCAUCGGCACACCCCGCAGCAUGGACUCGGAUCCUAAUGGCUUCGAUGACUGGACCUUCUCCACUGUGCGAUGCUGGGGGGAGAGAGCCCGGGGGACCUACAGGCUUGUUGUCAGGGAUGUCGGGGAUGAGUCAUUCCAGGUCGGCAUCCUUCGGCAGUGGCAGCUGACCCUAUAUGGCUCUGUGUGGAGUCCAGUAGACAUCAGGGACAGACAAAGGCUGUUAGAAAGUGCCAUGAGCGGAAAAUACCUGCAUGAUGACUUUGUCCUGCCCUGCCCGCCUGGGCUGAAAAUUCCUGAGGAAGAUGGUUACACCAUCACCCCCAACACCCUCAAGACCCUGGUGCUGGUAGGCUGUUUCACCGUCUUCUGGACCGUUUACUACAUGCUGGAAGUAUAUUUGAGCCAGAGGAAUGUGGCUUCCAACCAAGCUUGUAGGAGUGUACCCUGCCACUGGCCCCAUCGAAGCCGGAAAGCCAAGGAGGAAGGGACAGAGCUAGAAUCAGUGCCACUUUGCAGCAGCAAGGAUCCAGACGAAGUAGAAACAGAGAGCAGGGGCCUUCCCACCACUUCUGACCUCCUUGCCCCAGACCUGUUGGAGCAAGGGGACUGGAGCCUGUCCCAGAACAAGAGCGCCUUGAACUGCCCCCAUCAGCACCUAGACCUACUGCACGGGAAGGAGGAGCAGAUCUGCUGACCUCAGGGCCUGACAGUAUGGGACAGGCUCUUCUUUCCCAAAAUUAGGGAGCUCCGGAGAGACCUGAUGCUUACAUCUGGAAUCUGAGGCCUAAACAGCAUCCUGUGACUCCACUCAGAGGGUGAGGGCCUUCUUAAGAUACAAAUGGCAGAGGAUUGGUGCCAGAGAAGUCUGGUGAGAGCCACAGGGUCUUCCUGCAGCCAAACGGGAGCUUUUGGGGAGAAGGUCUUGGACAGGGGAUUGGCGCCCCCUUUGGGUAGGCCUCCAUCUUCAUCUCUCUUGGGCAAGCCAGUUGUCUAGGUCCCCCAUGCAUGGGGGCCCCCCACCCACACGAGUUGAGAAGGUGCCUGCCGUAGCCAGGAGUGCAUCUCCAUGGAAACAUGACUGGGGUCACUUGGGAAGAAGACUUUGGGGUAAAGGCUGGGAAGAGCCCCUGGACAUGCCUGUCCUGAAAGUGGCCACCUCCAUUAUCCAUUCCCAAGAUGCCUGAUCAGAAGCCAACCUUGAAUGAACCUCUGGCUCUUCACCACCACCACCACCCCUCCCCACCCGCCGUGAUUGGUCCGAUGCUGCUGGCACAGCUGGGAUACACACAGCUCCCCCGGGCCUGAGCUGCUUCACUAGGGAAUCCCACGGCAGGACUGCAGAGCAGAUGGCAGACGUGCAUGUCGGAGGAGACAGCCUUGAGAGCCGCUGCCACUCCAGUCCUGCCACCACCCUGUCUUCCUCUGCAAGUGCUCAGGGAAAUGGCCUUCCCGCCAGAGGCCAGCUAUCUGCCUGACAGGCUGUGAUUCUUCUCUCAAUCUUGGCCUUCUCCCCUCUUCUGAGCUAGUUGGUUGAUUUGAAUUUUUUUUAAUGCUUAAGAUUUGUUUGUCUCUUUUCACAGCAACAUUUUCCUGAAUUUUUUUCUGCACAGCUUUUCCAAAAUAAAAACCUUCCAAACAA